AGCGGCUCUGUCUCCCAUCAGCUGUUGGAGGAUGCCUUGCAGGCACAUAUGAUGUAAUCAACCGGGGAGGCAGAGCCAGAGCUGGAUAAUAGCCGCACAAUACGGAUGCAUCUCGGCCGCUUCGGGACUUGGUGAAACCGAUUUGAAAGCCUUCGUCGAGCGGUCUCGGGGAGAGGAUCGGCGAUGUUUGGGGGGUCGUAUAGCGGAGGUUUGAGUCGGCUGUCCUCCCUUCUCUACGAAGAGGAUGCUGGAUGCUGACCAGCAGUAGCAGCAGCACCGGCUGGGGAUGCUCCUGCUGAACUUGACUCCCCUAUCAGCUGUAAUUAACCGCCAUGGCCCAGGAGUCUUUCCCUCCCGCAGUUGCUCCAUCAUCCUCCGCGUGAAAAUGGCCCGCACUCCGCCUCCAUCCUCGACUUCCAUCUGCUCUAGCUGUCGCCUUUUCGCCCAUGAUGACAGGAGGGCACCCGCCUCGGAUUUCAGCGCAUGCAGGGCCUUCGUGUCGGCUAUGGAUCACAUCAUCACCCCUGAUCUGAUGCUGUGAGUUGAGUGCUGUGGUUGCUGUUAUUACGCAAACGCGCCUGCUGCCACCAUCGAUUUCCCUUAACAUCUGACUAUAUUUCGGGGCUCGGAGAUGGGCCUCUUCCACUGCUGCACCUCGCUUUACCCUGCUCGGAUCUAAGUUCCUGACCGUACUUGCCGUAAUGGCUCUGUGACAUCUAUCUCAGCCUUCAGCUGCCCACUUUCUUUAGACUUUUACGCGCGGAGCUGCGUCCAUGCAGUUUUGUUGCCUUGUGGUGGAAUGAGCACCGGCUCCUGCAGAGGUCUGCCCGUUGCAGCUCCUGCCGUCCACCGUGUGGCCCUGUGACUCCACAGGGUGAGGAGGUGCUGACAACCUUAAAACGCGGACUAAGGUUUGCCUUUCCAGCUCAGGUUAAAACCAUGGCUAAUGAACCCGUCAUCCUUAACGUGUAUGAUAUGUAUUGGAUAAACGAAUACACGUCCAAUCUGGGCAUUGGUGUCUUCCACUCAGGCAUUGAGAUUUAUGGGAGAGAAUUUGCAUAUGGAGGCCAUCCAUACCCUUUCAGUGGCAUCUUUGAAAUCAACCCCGGCAAUGCUGCCGAACUGGGAGAGACAUUCAAAUUCAAGGAGGCCAUUGUUUUGGGCACCACCGACUUCACAGAGGAGGACAUAGAUAAAAUCAUGGAGGAGCUCGGUAAAGAGUUCAAAGGGAACGCCUACCAUCUAAUGCACAAAAACUGCAACCACUUCUCCUCCUCGCUGUCUGAGUUGCUGUGUGGACGGGAAAUCCCCCGCUGGGUCAACAGACUGGCGUACUUCAGCUCCUGCAUCCCUUUCCUGCAGAGCUGCCUACCCAAGGAGUGGUUAACCCCGGCCGCCCUGCAGAGCCACAUCAGCCUCGGCCUUCACAAAGAGGAGCAUAACGAGUCGAGCGAUGAGGACCCUUCGUCGCCGUCCGGCGCCACGGCCGCUGGCUCGGGCUCCUCCCACAGCUGUCGUCACACCAGGGUGUGACGUGACCUCUGGACCUUCUCACCACUGCUUCUGAUGGCAUUAGUAGGCUUGAACAACCACCUGACCUCAUACUGUUUGUCCUCUGUGUAAAAGAGGCAGGAAAAGAGGAGUUUCCUUUUUGAAAAGAGAGCUGCUGGCAGAGACUUACAGAGACGCCGUUUGUCCUUUCAGCAGACAACAGCAUGACGAGGGCGUGCUUUUCCCUGAGCCCUGAAGUGCGUCUCUGAUUUUGGCAGUAACUACUUGUAGAUCUGAAGUUUGUAGUAUGUUAUUAUUAGUCUUUUCCACAAACUUUGAAAUCUUUGUCAGCCUUGUUCCCUGCCCUGCCUUCAGAGCUGCUUUUGUAGAACGACCACAUAGACACUGGAUGGUGACAUCAGCAGGAAUCUGCUCAACUCCAACAAGUUCUCAUUCGAUAACCUCUAUGUGGCCUUUGGCUGAUGUUGUUGAUUCGGCUUUCUUUGUUUGGAACUUUUCUUUGGCCAUUUUAGAGGGUUAACGGGUAAAAAAAGAAAAAAGAAAAAGAUUUGAUUGUUCCCUGAGUUCAAUCUGAAUGAGUAAAAGUCCUGCAUGUGGAAAGAAAUUAACAGAAGAUCCCACUUAACUUACUUCAGAUAGAAACUCCUUCUUCUAUUUUUUAAAGAGAUUACCUUCGUUCAAGCUUGUUUUAAACAGUGAAUUGGCAGUUAGCUGCCAGCUCAUAGACGGUUUGAAACAAUCAAGGGCAAACAGUGGCGCUGUGCACAUAGCUUUGGGCAGCCCAGUCACGAUCUGUGAACAUCUCAGAGACACAAACACAAAGAAAGUCAAGCUGCUACUCUGACAAAUAUUGACUUUGUGACCCAGAACACAUUUUGUCUAUACUUUUAUAUCCAAGUGAUCUUUAUAUUAUAAAGGUGCGUUAACUUACAGGAAGGGAAAAUACACAUUUACAGACAGAUUUCCCCUAGAUGACAUCUUUUUCACCUUUGAGACCGAGCUGCCAUGAGAAAGAAGGACAGACAUUCAGUGUUUUCCUCUAAAUUGCAGAAGUCUAUAAAGAUAACGUUCUUUUUAAAUACCCCCGUUGGCUCUCUUGCCUAGAUUUAAAAGACAACAUAAAGUCCAUGUUAUGCCUGUACAGUUAAUAUCGAGUUACAGCCAGCAGGUAAACAUUGCUAAAGCCCACAGUCAUAUUGUGUUUGUUUAAUCAGACUAAGGCUUAAGACUGGAAAAAAAGACCUGUGGGUCUUUUUCUUGACUGGGACCAGUCGCAGAGAGACACCUGGUUCCAACCAAAAAAGGAGGUUGUUGUUGCACAGUGUUUGUGAGUAUUAAACAAGCCAUAUACAACAUGUUAGAGGUGUUAGCAGAGGAUUAUGUGACCUUUUUACAGAGCCAUGCUAGUCCUUAUAACUAGUUCCUGUCAUUCUAAACUGAGGUAGACAGUGUCUUAGAUAUGAAUCCCAUGGACAUUAGACUGGUGAUAAUAUCGCAACUGUAUAAAAGAGCAUUUUUCCUAAUAUAAAACUGUUAACUAAGUACAUAUUACAUUGAUUGAUUUCCCCAGUGAUGUGUUUACACAAAGUAUUUUAGCCUUUUAAAAUAAUGAGUCAUUAUGAGGAGAUAGAGAGAGAGAAGCUCACGUUCUCAAAGGGGGGAAAUUGUGAUGUCGUGAAAUUAGUUCCAGUCACUGGAGGUUUAGCAUACAUGUCAGUAAAAGACAACAUCAGUGACUUUGGACCCUGAAUAAGAAACUGUUAUAACGAUGAAGACCUGCUCCUUGCUUGAAGAAGACGAAGCCACGUGUUUGAAUCUUUGUUCCCCACCUCUCCUGCUGUGGUGCGUUGAAGGACAGCUUUCUUUUCUCAGGAAGGAAAUCACAUAACUUGUAGUAGUGACACUCAUCCCGUUGAUAAAUGGGCUCAAAAGUGCAAAUUAACCUUUUAAUUUUAUUUUCUUCUUGUUCAUAAAUAAGCUACCGUAUCUCCCUGUUUGUUGGCAUAUUCUUACUUUUUUCGAAGUGUGCUGUGAUCAACUUUUUGGUUCAUUUUCAGUUGACAGAGAGAGGGAGUGUACAGUGAUCAGUACUACAUGCUCAAAGGUCUUCAACACUUUCUACAGAACAAACCAGACAGGUAUUUUUUUUUCCAUUGUACUGUGUCAACCUAAACCUUGUAUUUGUUUUUCCUAACCGAGGACAAUUUUAACAAUGAUGAUAGUGCUAGAAUAAAAGAGAUG